AUGCUGAAGUUUGGUGAUAUUGUUCUAAAUGAUAAUACUAGUGCUACUAAUUGUUAUGAGAUAGUAUUGUUGCUUUUUUUGGUGAUCAAUAGUUAUUUGUUUUCUCGAUUGGUAGCCUAG